AUGCAGUGCGACAAGAAAAAUACUCCCCAGGGUGGUCCUGUCAACCCUGUUGUUGGCGGGGAAUCCACCCCCAGUAGCCUAACUAGGCUCUGUGGCAGCCCCAACGUAUCUGGGGGGGGCAAUCCGCUGCAUUGCGGUGAUGCACCAGCGUUAACCGCGGGCCCCAUAACAUCAGAGGGCCAAUCUCAAAAAGCAGGAGCCGUGUCGGAGACACCACCAAUAUCGGCACGAGACAAGCGUGGGCGUUUUAAGCGACCUAACACUACAAGCAGUCAGGCCGGUGAGAGCGACGCUGAUGGUGGGUCUGAUGGCUCGUUCGUGUCGCUCACAUCGGUAGGAGGUCGAAAACGAAAAGCGAAGCCUCCGAGUACGUCAGUUGUGGCGGCUAAAUUCACGGCGGUCCCAGUUGCAGCCUCUGGAGGAGAGAGUGCGACAGGGGCUGAAACAGAAGAAGACCUAUUUGAUCCUUUCAUAACACCCACUAACACCAGGGCAAAGAAGAACCUUCCGGGCCCGGAAACGUUAGCCCGUGAAAUGCGUUCUCACGGAGACGUGGAACUCAGUCGGGAUAUUGAUUUUCACCUCCAAGUUCUAGAAAAAGUUGCCGAUCGAUCCCGUAACCUCAAAGGAGAGUAUGUUCGUGGCAUAAGGUUGGCUGUGCGUAACAUUAAAGCGGCGGCAGAAGAACUCGCGCGAAGGACCGACUCAAAUGAUAACGUCGCCAGACUGGAGAGAGAGAACGCAGAGUUGCGUUCCCAGCUUUCCAGUCUUUCGACGAAGACGGAAAGACUUACACAAGAGAUUAGCCUUCUCCGCAAACAGAUGCAGGAACGGUCUACCUUGCCAACUCAGCUAGUACCUGCGGCAUCCAAACCUAGGAGCGGGAAAGAAGAACUCAUGGCAGACAUAGGGGCUCUAAUAGACAGGAAGCUGGCGGCCUUCCAUGCCAGAUUGAUUCCUGAAAGGACAUCAGCCAACCAGCAGCUGACACCGCGGGAACAGCUGCCAGCAUCAAUGAGAGUAGGAUGUCCGCAGUCGCAGCCAUUGACAUCACUACCGCAGCCGAAAAAGAAAAAGAAGCGAAGGGUAAAGAAGAAAAAGGAGCCUUCCCAUCUGUCGGUGGUGGAUCUGCCUCCAGUGGCUGCCCCGCCACAGCUGCAUAACUCUUCACCGCCGAUGGUAAGCUCUUGGGCAGACGUGGCAAGAAGGCCAAAAUAUAAGCGGUCUACAGAAGUGGCAGAUCUUACCCCCUCUCCAAGAGGGAGAAAAAAGAGAAGGAAAACUGAAAUGCGUACACCAGCAUCGGCGGCAGUUACAGUGACGUUGCCUAAGGACUCUGUACUCACAUAUGCCAAGGUAAUGGGGGAGGCAAAGGCCAGGAUCCAAUUGGCAGAGUUGGGAAUCGACUCCGUUCGUCAAAAGCGAGCUGUGACAGGGGGCUUACUUCUCGAGAUUGCGGGGCAGGAUUGCAACUCAAAAGCGGACAAACUGGCAGCGAAACUGCGCGAGGUCUUUUGUGAUCUGAACGUCCGAAUUAGCCGUCCAAUUAAAAUGAGCGACAUUCGGCUGAAAGACCUUGAUGACGCUGUCAGCCCCUGUGAGAUAGCAGCCGCGAUCGCCGAAUUGGGUGGUUGUUCGGUAGACGACAUCAAAGUUGGGGAUGUUCGCCGAACCCCCACCAGCAUGGGGACAUGCUGGAUGCGAUGCCCGGUAACGGCGGUCCGAAAACUAAUAACUGAAGGACGCGUACGCAUUGGCUGGGGUUCAACUCGAGUGGAACUACUGGAAUCCAGGCCUAUGCACUGCUACAGAUGCCUCGAGAAGGGGCACGUCGGCAGUAAGUGCCCUAACGAGGUAGACAGGAGCACUCGCUGCUAUGCCUGUGGCGAACCCGGUCACAGAGCAAACCAGUGCACCGCGUCGGUCCUUAAAUGUCCAGUCUGUUCCGACCUUGGGCGUCCAUCCAACCAUAGGUUGGGGAAACAGUGCGCUCAACCUGCGAAAAGGGGAGUUAGGAAGAGUAAACACCCUCCCACUCCCUCCAGCGAGACGGGCACAGCAGUACCUGCUGCAGCACCGAGCUCCGGCUCGGCAAUGGAAGUUGCUGAGACAUAG